AGCUGGGCUGUCUUCCAAUCAGACAUUUAUGUUUUGUGCGGUGUUCUUUUGAGUGCGUGCAAGGGUGCCGGAGAUUUUUUUCAAAAAACUAUUUUAUUUGAUGAAAAAUCUAGACAAAAUAAACCAAGUUCGGGUGCUUAUGAAACCACCGAUUCCACAAUAGCGAAAUUUAAGACGGGCAAAGGAUCAUAAAACAAUUCCUUGAAAUUCGUAUUAGUUUUUAGGGCAAAAUUGCAUUGUGAAAACAUUAUGUGAAAAAAGAUGAUGUCAUCUUCUUGCAUACAUCGAAACUCCAGAGACUCCUUCCAUUGAUCAUGGAAAUUAUCUUCCAUUGGAAUUAAUCGCACAAAAAAUGCUUGAUCCUAAGGGUUGGUUGCACUUGCACCUACUGGUUGAAUUUACAAUGGUAGACAAUACGAUGAACCACUUUGAAGAACAGCCAAACAAUCUGUUUCAAAUAAAUACAGAGGAAUUGCUUAUGGCUACUGAAAUGGGGAGCCAGGAGGCGUACAAUGCUAUUCAGGGAAUUUUUGAUCUGGGAAAUUCUCAGAAUGUGAAUCAAUUGAUGCUGCCUCAGGAUACUAGUAUGCUCAGGGACCAGAAACCCGAUCCAGAGCACUGGAAUCACUUUCCCAGGCUUGUCGAGAACUCUGGUACCUGUGACUUUGAAUUGACUAUCCCAGCUCCAAGUAAUCAAUCGAAUUGGUCGUAUUCUCCUUCGUUGAAGAAACUUUUUAUCAAAAUCAACACGUUGCUGAAUCUUGAGGUGUCCUACAAAACAUCUUUUGCAACCAGGCUUUUCUGUCGUGUUAUGAUCGUUUAUCCAGAUUAUCCAUACAUGCCAGUGGUUCGAUGCAACAAUCACAAAGUCAUCAAUCCAGAAAAACCUGGAAGAGAGUCUCACAUAAUAAAGUGUCCUCAUGAAGGUGUGGAGUAUUGGGGAACUAAGGAUGGUCAGACUUUCAUUAAACGUCUCGCAUUGAUCUAUCCUUUGACGCAAAAUAUUAAAACUGAGGAGGAUAAUUGGGUUCGAACUUCAGUGACGUUGGAGUUCGCAUGCCAGAAUUCUUGUCCUACGGGCAUCAACAGGAGAGCUACUGUUCUUUUCUUUACACUGGAGGAUGAACGUGGCCAAAUUUACGGCCAGAGGAUGAUCAACUUCAAAGUUUGUACAGUUCCGAAGAGAGACAGAAGCCAUGAGGAGUCUCAUCCGGACAAGAAAAGAAAAUCCUCAUCCAGUGGAUCCUGUUCAAGCGGUAAAAGACCAUGCAGAGCUCCUGAAGUAGUGCCUGUUAAUGAAGCAAUGAUCAAAUAUAAUGAAGAGGAAGACACACCCUCAGUGCAAUGUGAGAAGGUGUCAAGUGCAGAGUCCCUAGUCAAUGGGAUUUCAUGCAAAAUCACCAUGCCUGAUGCUGCUUCGAUGAAGAAUGUUCUGCAUAGUGCUUACAAUGAAAUUGCUGGGAAGAUAGUAAGCGAUCCGGAAAACAGUCAGCGCUUUGGGAAGUUCAUCAAAAUGAUAAAGAAGCAGCAGCAAUCUCUGCCGUCACAAAGUAAUUUGAACAAUUAAACUGCCAUGUUAUUUUAAUUUAAGAGAGUUUUGAAAGAUUAUGGGUGCUAUUGGAGAUUUUAAUUUAUAAUUACUUUACAGACAGUGCAUCAAUUUUUUUUACAUGCAUCCGUAUUGAGUAUCUGUAAGACAUUUUAAUAGUGAGAAAAUAGAGGCAUGUAAGUAUUGCUAAGAACAUGAUAGAAUGAUUAAUGAGCAAGAAAGGAAUGGGAAUGAAUUAUUAUUUAAUUCAUUCUUACAUUAGUAUUACAGAACUUUAUUUACAAAUUUACUUUCUCAAGUCUCUAAUAGCACUCAUGAAGAGAAGAGCUGUGGAAUUUGCAAAUAUUUUUUUGCGUUUACUUAGAUAUAUUUGUCUAUUUUUUUUUGCAAAGGUGAGAAGAAUAUCUAUUGAUAAGAUAUGAAGCCUCUACAUAAAAUUAGUUUUUUAAAAUGACAUAAAAUUAAAUAGCUUUAGUACCUUAACAAAACACAAUUGUGAGAUGAAAUUGAGUGUAUUCAAUUUGCGUCAACCUUAAGCAAUUUAUCUUAAGUUCAAAAGAUUCUUAUGACUAAAUUGAACAGUUGAGCUAUUAAGAUGAACUGUAUUUUUUUAAUUUUUGUUGAGAAGCAAUUUCUCGAUUUCUUAAGAAAAAAAAAUAAUUUAAAGGGAAAAGUGUAAGAAAACUUUUCUAAAUUUAUAUGUUUAUUAUAGUUUUUUUAAGUUUCAUAAAGACAUGAAGAAAUAUAUAUCUAGAUAUACAA